UCUAAAACCCUGGUCAAAACCCUUGGCCACCCCUGCACUGCUUCCUAAGCCAUUUCCUUUUCUCUGAACCCAAACACCGCAAAGUUAGCAAAUCCAAAACAAUUUAUUCACAGGCACAGUCCACUUCUGCCUUCCGGUAUCAAAGAAAAGAAGAUUUUCUGGUUAUUCAUUUCUUUUUCUUCCCAGAAUCGGAAAAUACUUGGGUGUAGUAUUUCUCUCUUCUCAUAUUCAGUGUGUUUCAGUUCAGAAUUCCGGCGACAGACUAAUUCCAUGGCCAUGGCAGCUUUAUUCAAUCGUGCGUCCAAAACCCAAACUUUUAAUCUCCUUUGCAGAAGCAAUAGAAUUCUCACUUCUAUCUCAUCUCCAAUCCAGACAAAACCCCUUAAAGCUCCCUUCCAAGUGAGAUCAGCAGUGACUCGUGCUGAUGAUGUUGUGGCGUUUGACGAGAUGGUUGCUGGCAUCCAGCGAAAGUACUACAUGUUAGGCGGAAAAGGAGGUGUAGGAAAAACAAGCUGUGCUGCAUCCCUUGCUGUAAAAUUUGCUAACCAUGGUCACCCUACAAUAGUGGUCUCAACUGAUCCUGCUCACUCCUUAAGUGAUUCAUUUGCCCAGGAUUUGACGGGGGGUGCACUUGUUCCUGUUGAAGGAGUGGAUUCUCCACUAUUUGCUCUCGAGAUAAGCCCUGAGAAAGCUAGAGAAGAAUUUCGCAGUAAAAAUCAAAAGAGUGGUGAUAGUGGUGUCAAAAAUUUAAUGGAUGGCAUGGGCCUUGGCACGCUUUCUAACCAGUUAGAGGAAUUAAAAUUAGGAGAGUUGUUGGACACUCCACCGCCUGGUCUGGAUGAAGCUAUUGCAAUUUCGAAGGUUAUGGAAUUUGUUGAAACCCAAGAAUAUACUACAUUUACUCGAAUAGUCUUUGAUACUGCACCUACGGGUCAUACACUUCGGCUUCUCUCCCUGCCUGACUUCUUGGAUUCGUCUAUCGGCAAAAUGAUGAAGCUGAAGAGGAAAUUAGCUUCCGCAAGUUCAGCUCUCAAGUCUCUAUUUGGAAAAAAAGAGGCAGGGCAAGAUAUUUCUGAAAAGCUGGAGGACAAGCUUGGAGAAUUAAGAGAGAAGAUGGCUAGAGUGCGACACCUUUUCCAAGACUCAGACACCACUGAAUUUAUUAUAGUGACAAUUCCAACGGUUAUGGCAGUAAAUGAGUCAUCAAGGCUGCACGCAUCCUUGAGAAAGGAAAGUGUUCCAGUUAGGAGGCUUAUUGUCAAUCAGGUGCUACCUCCAUCCACAUCAGAUUGCAAGUUCUGUGCAAUGAAAAGGAAGGAUCAAAUGCGUGCACUUGAUAUCAUCCAGAAUGAUCCAGCGCUCAGCAGUUUGAGAUCAAUCCAGGCACCCCUAUUUGAUGUAGAGAUAAGAGGUGUCCCAGCUCUUAAGUUUAUGGGUGAUGUGGUUUGGAGAUAAAAUCUAUUUCUCAGAACCUGCACCUUUAGUUAAUCAACCGAAAUUUUGAAACCGUUUCGCCAUUUAUGUAAUUUGCUGAAUGAUGCUCUUUUAAGUGAAUUUCAGGAAUACAAUCUCUAAUUUUUAGGGAAAUGAUCCCUGCCUAUACAGGUCCAUAAGAGGUUGACAGAAACCAAACAGUGGGAUUAUUUGGACAUGUAAUUUACAUUUCCUCAAGCCAGAAAGUGGUAUCGAGAUAUUGAUGCUGUAGUAUGCAAAUGGAAGAUGAGAAAUUUAUUAUUCAUGUCCAAUGUUCUAUGCUUUUAGCAUAUUUUCUGCACUGUUUUCUUUUGAUGUUAUUUGAACAAUGUUCUAAAUUUUUCAAUGAAAGAUGUGAGACCCUGAGAGAGCAUAAUCUUCAA